AUGGAUCCAAAAGUUUUAUCUGAAAUAUUGAGACCAAAAACACGUAAAGAGUUAAUAAUGUUAAGCAGUAUUGUUUGUGGACUAGAAUUUUGUUAUUCAGCGGAAACUGCUUUCGUGAUCCCGACUUUACUCACGUAUGGUAUUCCCAUCAAUAAUACAACUAUUGUCUGGUGUUUGAGUCCACUUCUUGGAUUAAUUGUAUCUCCAUUAUUGGGUUCACUGUCUGAUUCAUGCAAAUUAUCAUACGGUAGGCGCCGACCAUUCAUUCUUCUCUAUAGUUUAGGUAUAAUAUUGGGAUUAAUAUUAGUCCCAAAUAGUGAUUACAUCGCAUCAAAAAUCUUUAAAAGCAAUUACCACUCUUUGUCUGUAUUUAUGACAAUAUUUGGCGCAGUUUUACUUGACUUUUGUUGCGACGCCUGUCAGUCCCCGAGUCGUACUCUUCUGUUUGAAGUCACUAAUCAUAACGAUUACGCUAUAGGUUUGAGUACUUUUACAUUAACGGCUGGAUUUGGAGGGGGUAUCGGGUAUUUGGUUGGUAGUAUUGAUUGGGAAAAUAUAAAAUUCAUUGAAGAUAUUGUUGGUUCAGAUCACAAGCGAAUAGUUUUUUUAAUUUCAACAUUUGCUUUCAUCACAUGUUUAACUUUAACGCUAACAAGUUUUCAAGAAUUACCGUUUAAUUUGUUACCAUUUUCUCAAUUAUCCUCAAAUAAUAUAAAUUACGAGCAAUUGGUUGAAGAAUCGCAUGAAAUGACACCUCUAUAUAGUUCUGAAGCGCGAAGUGAAGUGAUUGAAACAGUUGUGUCAUCGACGGCCACAUUCAGUGAUUAUAUUUAUUCAAUAAUCCAAAUGCCAACCUGUCUUCGUAUACUUUGUUUAACAAAUCUGUUCAGUUGGAUGUCUCUAAUAUGUUAUUCAUUAUAUUUUACUGAUUUUGUGGCCCAAUCCAUAUUUAAUGGCAACCCAACGGCUCCCUCCAACUCCGAGUCGUAUAAAUUAUAUGAAACGGGUGUUAAAUUUGGUUGUCUUUGUAUGACUUUCUAUUCAAUGUUUUGUUCGCUUUAUUCUUACUAUUUUGAAACUCUUCUCAAUCUUUUUGGAGCGAAGUUUUUAUAUAUAGGAAGUGGUCUCAUAUAUUCAAUAGGAAUGUUAGUCAUUGCAAUUACAAGAAGUAAAAUCAGUGCAAUUGUACUGUCAUUUUGCGCUGGUAUUCAAUACUCAACAUUGUUUACAAUGCCAUAUGUAUUGAUAGCAAAAUAUCGAUUCCACGAAAUGUUUUCAGGUGAACCCAAACCAAGAGGAUUAGGAACAGACAUAGCAGUUGUCGGUUCAAUGGUAUUCUUGGCUCAAUUCAUAUUGUCUUUAUGUAUGGGAACUAUCAUUGAUAUAGUAGGCAGUCAUUCGGCCGCUAUUUUUAUUGCAAGUUUUUUAAGUGCUUGUAGUGCUGGAUGUGCUACUAAAGUCUAUUAUAUCAAUCAAUAA